AAUUUAAAAAUAAAUUUAACAGUUAUUAAACAAAAAAACAACAAAAAUUAAUUCAAACAAACGGACACAAAAUAUUCUUAUAAUAUAACUCUUGUGCCAAAAAAACACAUCAUUACUAUCAUCUGAAGAGUAUAUUAAUUUUAUAUAUAAUUAUUAGAGAUAUUUUGAGGUAAAAAAUGGCAGAAUUUGAACAAAUUUUGGAAGACUUUUUUCGGACAUCUGAUUUCCAGAAACAGUUGUCCAGUGUUGCCGAUACUGUUGACGAUUAUGGCAACCAAUCGUCAUCGACAACCGCAACCGCAAGAGAAACCAUAGUUGCAAACAAUGACAACAGCUAUGAUCUGUUGCCAGAAAAGAUCAGACAACGAGUCAAUGAACUGCAGAAACUGAACGAACAAAAGAAGUCGACUGAGUUUCGGUUUGUCGAAGAUUUUUUUUAUUUGAUCAAAAAGUACGAACAAAUGUACGAACCGUUACACGAAAUACGAGCCGAAAUUGUGUCCGGAAUGUACGAGCCGUCGGACAGCGAUCUGCCCGACGACUACUACGACAACAACAACAACGUCGACAUUAACGACUCAAAGUGGACACAAUUGGCGGGAAUUCCUUUCUUUUGGCUAAAAGUUUUGUACGCAUCCGAAGACUUUUCUAAGGGCAUUGUCGACGCAGAUGUACCGAUACUCAAACAUUUGGAGGACAUUCGUGUGGCAACCGAACCAUCGGUGCGUAGGUUUUCCAUCGAGUUUUACUUCUCGCCGAACGAAUACUUCAGCAACGAUGUCAUCCAAAAAGCCUUUUAUCUGCAAAUCGAUCCGCGACUAACAGAUCUGUGUAGUCCCGUAAAAGUGGUAUCCACUGACAUCGACUGGAAUGCCGACAAAUGUCAUUUCGUUGAACGAUUUGUCGACCAAAAUACCGGUGAAGAAGAUUACCGCUACUAUGACUCGUUUUUCAAUUAUUUUUGGUCAUCAACUGAUGAAUUAGAUGAUGUCAAUUGUCUUGAAUACGACUGGGAUGUGUCCCGUGUACUCAUACAGGAGUUGGUGCCCAAUGCUGUCAACUACUUUACCAGCGAUCUUCAUAUCGCUGCCGAUCACUGCGACAAAUCCAACGAAGAUUAUGAGGAAGAAGAAGACGUCAAUGAAGAAGAUGAAACAGAAAAACAUGACAUUUAUGAAGAUAAAGAAGAAGAAGAAGGAGAAGAAGAGGCAGUCAAUUAUUAUGACAAUCAAAACAUCAACCAAAGCAAUGAUUAUGGCUAUUAUGACGAAGAAGUCAGCGAUCAAGAGGUUGUGGACGUUGAAGACGACGACAACAACGAGGAAUCAAAAGAAGUGGACGAAUAUCAGGGUUCAGAACAACUAUAUUCACAAAAUUAUUAUUAG